GGCGAAGGAAGCAGGCGAGAGGCGGAGGUAGCCCGAGAGGGCGGUUGCGUGCGGAGCAGACGCCCGCGGCCUGGUGAGCUUCCAGACGCCGGCCCUCCCGGAUCCAAGCCCGCAGAGCCACCAGGCCACCUCUCCCUCUUGUGCUUCCGGGAGCCGUCGCGAGCGAGUGCGCCUGCGCGACGGCCACUCCGCGCGCCUCACCGCUGUCCUCGCGCCGGCCGGCUGCCCGAAGGUUCCUGCCGAGCUUCCCGCCCGGCGUUUCGGCUCGGCGGCGCACCGGCGUGCGGCAUGUCACGGCGACGGCACAGCGACGAGAACGAUGGGGGACAGCCUCACAAAAGAAGAAAGACCUCUGAUGCAAAUGAAACUGAAGAUCAUUUGGAAUCUUUAAUAUGCAAAGUAGGAGAAAAGAGUGCCUGCUCUUUGGAGAGCAACCUAGAAGGCUUGGCUGGCGUUUUGGAAGCUGAUCUUCCUAACUAUAAGAGCAAGAUCUUAAGGCUUCUUUGUACAGUUGCACGUCUGUUACCUGAGAAGUUGACAAUUUAUACAACAUUAGUUGGACUACUAAAUGCCAGGAAUUACAACUUCGGUGGAGAAUUUGUAGAAGCCAUGAUUCGUCAACUUAAAGAAUCGUUGAAAGCAAACAAUUAUAAUGAAGCUGUAUAUUUGGUCCGUUUUUUAUCUGAUCUUGUGAAUUGUCACGUCAUUGCUGCCCCAUCAAUGGUUGCUAUGUUUGAAAAUUUUGUAAGUGUAACUCAGGAAGAAGAUGUGCCUCAGGUGCGCCGGGAUUGGUACGUGUAUGCAUUUCUAUCAUCUUUGCCCUGGGUUGGAAAGGAGUUGUACGAAAAGAAAGAUGCAGAGAUGGACCGAAUCUUUGCCAACACUGAAAGCUAUCUUAAAAGACGCCAGAAGACUCAUGUGCCCAUGUUACAAGUAUGGACUGCAGAGAAACCGCAUCCACAAGAAGAGUAUUUAGAUUGCCUCUGGGCCCAGAUUCAGAAAUUGAAAAAGGAUCGCUGGCAGGAGCGGCACAUCCUAAGACCUUAUCUUGCCUUUGACAGCAUCCUGUGUGAAGCACUGCAGCACAACCUGCCUCCUUUCACACCACCUCCUCACACUGAAGAUUCGGUGUACCCGAUGCCAAGGGUCAUCUUCAGAAUGUUUGAUUACACGGAUGAUCCUGAGGGUCCUGUAAUGCCAGGGAGUCAUUCAGUGGAAAGAUUUGUGAUAGAAGAGAAUCUUCACUGCAUCGUUAAGUCCCACUGGAAGGAAAGGAAGACUUGUGCUGCACAGCUAGUGAGUUAUCCUGGGAAGAACAAGAUCCCCUUGAACUACCACAUAGUUGAGGUGAUCUUUGCAGAGCUGUUUCAACUUCCAGCACCCCCUCACAUUGAUGUGAUGUACACAACACUUCUCAUUGAACUGUGUAAACUUCAGCCUGGCUCUCUACCCCAAGUUCUUGCACAGGCAACUGAAAUGUUAUACAUGCGUUUGGACACGAUGAAUACUACAUGCGUAGACAGGUUUAUUAAUUGGUUUUCCCAUCAUCUAAGUAACUUCCAGUUCCGUUGGAGCUGGGAAGAUUGGUCAGAUUGUCUUACUCAAGAUCCAGAAAGUCCCAAACCAAAGUUUGUAAGAGAAGUUCUAGAAAAAUGUAUGAGGUUGUCUUACCAUCAGCGUAUAUUAGAUAUUGUCCCUCCUACCUUCUCAGCUCUAUGUCCUGCAAACCCAACCUGCAUUUACAAGUAUGGAGAUGAAAGUAGCAACUCUCUUCCUGGACAUUCGGUUGCCCUCUGUUUAGCUGUUGCCUUUAAAAGUAAAGCAACCAAUGAUGAAAUCUUCAGCAUUCUGAAAGACGUACCAAAUCCUAACCAGGAUGACGAUGAUGAUGAAGGAUUCAGCUUUAACCCAUUGAAAAUAGAGGUCUUUGUACAGACUCUGCUACACUUAGCAGCCAAGUCAUUCAGCCACUCCUUCAGUGCUCUUGCAAAGUUUCAUGAAGUCUUCAAAACCCUAGCUGAAAGUGAUGAAGGAAAAUUACAUGUUCUAAGAGUCAUGUUUGAGGUCUGGCGGAACCAUCCACAGAUGAUUGCUGUACUAGUAGAUAAGAUGAUUCGUACACAGAUUGUUGACUGUGCUGCAGUAGCAAAUUGGAUCUUCUCUUCAGAACUAUCUCGUGACUUUACUAGAUUGUUUGUUUGGGAAAUCUUGCACUCCACAAUUCGUAAGAUGAACAAACACGUUCUUAAGAUCCAAAAGGAGCUAGAAGAGGCUAAAGAAAAACUCGCAAGGCAACAUAAACGGCGAAGUGAUGAUGAUGACAGAAGCAGUGACAGGAAAGAUGGGGCUCUUGAGGAACAAAUAGAAAGACUGCAGGAGAAAGUGGAAUCUGCUCAGAGUGAACAAAAGAAUCUCUUCCUUGUCAUAUUUCAGCGUUUUAUCAUGAUCUUGACUGAGCACUUGGUACGAUGUGAAACUGACGGGACCAGUGUAUUAACACCGUGGUAUAAGAACUGUAUAGAGAGGCUCCAGCAGAUCUUCCUACAGCAUCACCAAAUAAUCCAGCAGUACAUGGUGACCCUGGAGAACCUGCUCUUCACUGCUGAAUUAGACCCUCAUAUCCUGGCUGUGUUCCAGCAGUUCUGUGCCCUGCAGGCCUAAGGGUCAUUUUUUUUCCCCCUCCUGUCAAGAUUUUUUUAAGAUCUCAAAAUAAUGUCUUAUUUUUGAUGGUUUGAAUGCUUGCUUUCUUGUAGCAUCCUUUCUUGAAGCAGAGGGGGAAGACAGGACAGUGAAGAAUAUGGUAUUGAUUACCUUUAACUGCCCCCUAAAAAGCAGAUAUUCCCUAAUGACAAUAAUGUGACAGUGGCCAUAGGAUGGAUGUAUUAUAUAUGUGACAGAUACAACUUUUCUCUGAUAUUUUUUCUCCUUAAGGCACAAAAGAUAACUGAUGUGAGGUAUGUGCAACACUAGAGGUCAAGCUUACAAAGUAGUAUAUAGAACUGAUGGGUUUAUUAUCAAGUAGCAUAGCUUUUCACAGCUCAUGGGUAACCUAACAUGGCUGAAAUAAAACUGAAAAUAUGUUUUUUAAA